AUGGCACCCUCAGCAACAGGCGAGAUCCCCCCUCUGCCGGCACCUCCUCAGAGAACGUACCCAUCUGCGAAGAUCUUCCCCGUAAAGGAGGCCAAGUUCGAGAAGCCAAUCCCGGUGCAGCACGAUGGACGGGAGAAGGCAAUGGCGCAGCCGUCCGGGGGCGCAACCAUCGUCAUCGACAACGGCUCUUCUGCGGUACGCGCAGGAUGGUCCUUCGAGGAUAAUCCGAGGUUGAACAUUCCCCCCAUCAUGUCCAAGUACCGCGACCGAAAAGCCGGCAAGACGUACUCCUUCGCCGGCAGCGAUUGCUACGCCGACACGACGGCAAGAAGCCAUAUUCGGUAUGCACACGAGCAAGGGACGGGAAUAAUCAGCAACUGGGAUGUCAUGGAACACGUCCUAGACUACAUCUUCCUCAAGCUUGGGUUGAACGGCGACGAUGCGUCCAUCGACAUGCCCAUCGUCAUGACGGAGACGGUGGCUAACCUACCUUACUCCCGGAAAUCAAUGACGGAAAUCGUCUUUGAAUGCUACGGCGCGCCGUCACUGGCAUACGGUAUCGAUUCGCUCUUCUCGUACGCACACAACAAGGGGAACACAGGCAUAGUCGUUUCGUCGUCCUACACCUCCACGCAUGUAAUACCCGUCUACAACCACAAGGCGAUGCUGAAUCAGGCAACGAGGCUGAACUGGGGAGGAUGGCACGCCGCAGAGUACCUGCUGCGGCUGAUCCGACUGAAAUACCCUGCCUUCACUGGGAAGCUCAACGUAUCGCAGGCCGAGCAUAUGCUUCGUGACCACGCAUACGUCUCGAAGGACUACGACAACGAGCUGCGGGGAUAUCUGGACUGGACCGGACUUGAGGACCGUGAUAUCGUCAUUCAGUACCCCUUCACGGAGGAGGUGAUUGUGCAGAAAACCGAGGAGGAGCUGGCACGCAUCGCCGAGCGGAAGAAGGAGAGCGGCAGACGCCUACAGGAGCAGGCGGCAAAGAUGCGCCUGGAGAAGCUCAUGCGUAAGGAGAACGAGCUCGAAUCACUCAAGAAGCUUCAAGCCAAGCUGGAGCAGCAGACCAAUAAGAAAGACAUCAGGCGACUGCUGGACAGCAACGAUCUCAAGGACGAAGCGGCCCUGGAAAGGGCCAUCGCAACCCUGGAGAAGGCGGUCAAGAAGGCGCGGACCAAGGACGUCGGCGGUGACCCGACGGAAGAGCAGCAGGAGCCCGUGUUCGACCUCUUGGAUGUGCCGGACGAGGAGCUCGACGAUGCCGGCCUCAAGGCCAAGCGUCAGCAGAAGCUCAUGAAGUCGAACCACGACGCGCGCGCGCGAGCCAAGGCCGAGAAGGAGGCCGAGAAGGCCCGCAUUGAGGAGGAGAAGCGGCUGGACGAGGAGCGCCGCGAGAACAACCUCGAGGGUUGGCUCGAAGAGAGGCGCCAGGCCCGUGCCGUCACGCUCCAGAAGAUGAAGGAGCGCGAGCGUCUCAAGCAGGACCUCGGCAACCGCAAGUCGCUCGCGUCGCAGAUCCGUAUGAAGAGCAUCGCCAAUCUCGCCUCGGACAACCCGACCAAGAAGCGCCGCCGUGGCGGCGACGACGACAACUUUGGCGCCAACGACGACGACUGGGGCGUGUACCGCCAGAUCACGGUCGGUGACAACAGCGACGACGAGCAGGAGGAGGAAAACCUCGAGGCGAAUCUCAAGACGUACGAGGAGGACCUGCUCCGCUACGACCCCGACUUCACGUACGAGCACACCCACGAAGCGCAGACAGACUGGUCCAAGUCGAUGCUGCACGCUUUCACGCGCGGCCCGCGGCCGUUCGACGCCGGCUCCCAGGCCGAGUUAAACCAAAUUCACCUCAACGUCGAGCGCAUCCGCGUGCCCGAGGUCGUGUUUCAGCCAUCCAUCGCCGGCGUCGAUCAGGGGGGUCUCGUCGAGAUCAUCGGCGACAUCCUCAACCAGCGCCUCGGCGGCGUCCCCAACCGCGACGACUUCCUGAGGGACGUCUUCCUCACGGGCGGUAACAGCCUCUUCCGCGGCUUCGACGACCGCCUCCGCCAGGGUCUGACGCCGCUGCUCCCGGCCGGCGCGCCCCUCGCCAUCCGCCGCGCCCAGGACGCUCUCAACGACGCCUGGAAGGGCGCUGCUGGGUGGGCAGGCUCAUCCGCGUGGAAGGCCGCCACCAUCACACGGGAGGAGUACCAGGAGAAGGGCUCCGAGUAUAUCAAGGAACACGACCUCGGCAACAUGUCGUAUGUAUGA